AUGUUUACAUUUGUUAUUGGAUUUGUUCUUGUUUUAAUAUUUCUCUAUGCUUCAAAAAAGUUCUAUUGGUCAGGAACUCACUGUCCAUCGCAAGAUCGUAUGGAUGAUAAAAUCGUUGUUAUCACUGGAAGUAAUACUGGCAUCGGAAAACAUACAGCUAUUGAAUUAGCUAAGCGAGGUGCACGAAUUAUUCUAGCUUGUCGUAGUCGACAACGAGCUGAGGAAGCACGGCAAGAGAUAAUAAGUAAAUCGAAUAAUAAUCAAAUUGAUAUCGAAAUUAUUGAUACAUCCUCGCUACAAUCUGUACGCGAAUGUGCUGCACGUCUACGAAAAAGUCUACCUAGAAUCGAUGUUUUGAUAAAUAAUGCUGGUAUGCUUACACAAUCUAAGGAAAAAUCAGUCGAUGGCUAUGAAAUACAUUUAGCUACGAAUCAUCUUGGCCAUUUUCUUUUUACAAAUCUUCUACUUGAUCUAUUGAAAAAGGCACCAUCAGCUCGAGUCAUAAACGUGUCGGCUUUAGCACAUGCAUUCUUCAAUUGUCAUAUACAUUGGGAUGAUAUUAAUUUGGAGAAAACACCUUGUUCAGCAUUCUACGCAUAUUCAUGCAGCAAAUUUGCUAACGUUAUGUUUACAAACGAAUUAGCUAAGCGAUUGAAGGGAACCCGUAUUACGACUAACAGCCUUCACCCAGGUAUUGUCCAUACAGAAUUCGGUCGAUACUACGGUGGUCGUUAUCAGAUUAUUUUCGAGUUGUUCCACCAAUUGCUAUCGCCUCUGCUGUGGUUCUUUUUAAAGAGUUCAGAAGAAGGUGCACAAACAACAAUCUAUUUAGCGAGUGAUAUUCAUCUUGAUAAUGUUACUGGAAAAUAUUUCAGUGAUUGCCUCGAAGUACAACCAUCGCCAUUAACAUUUAAUGAAGAAGAUAACCAACGUUUUUGGCUACUUAGUGAACAAAUGACAAAACUUAACGAUAAUUUUAAAGAGCAAUAA